GAGCUACCGUGAGCAAGCCAAGGCCGAACGGGAGUCCCGAGAGCAUGAGGAGCCAACCACGUCCGAGAUGACAGAGGAGACCUACCCACCCAAGGCCUACCGGCCCAAGCACGGGCGCCUCUCUGAGCUCAAGGCUGAGGCUCUGAAGAAGGACCGCCGGAAGAAGCUGACCCUGGCCAAGUUUGUGGGCAUGGCUGAGAACACGGCGCAUCCCCGCGUUGUCAUCCCUGAGCUCCGGCAGGAGUUUGAGCUGGGCCCCUGCCGCAGGCACAUGGAGGCGUCCCUGCAGGAGCUGAAGAGCAGCCAGCGGAUGGUCCCCCGUGCCGUCCACCUCCCCAACUGCGACCGAAAGGGCUUCUACAAGAGGAAGCAGUGCAAGCCCUCCCGAGGCCGGAAGCGUGGGUUGUGUUGGUGUGUGGACAAAUACGGCAUGAAGCUGCCAGGGACUGACUACCUGAGCGGAGACCUGCAGUGCCACGCGUUCGACAGCAGCAACGUGGAGUGAAGUCACAUCCCCUCCCUCCGCCCCAUCACUACCUACCCAGGCUCCCUUCCACCCUCCCCUCCACACCUCCCUGCGCCCCGGGACUCCGAUUCCUUUCAUCUCAUGUAAGAAGAAAAAAAGAAAGGAAAAGAAAAAAGAGAAAGGAAGGAAAAGGGAAAAAAAAAAAA